AUGCUUGAAUACGUACAGUGCUUACAAGAGUAUCCUGGUUUUUCGUAUUUAGUUGCUCAAAUUAAUAAUGAUCCUGGUAACAAUUUAUCUGAACAACGAAGAAUUGAUAAUCAUACUCUGGAUGAAAUUCAAAUUGAUUUUCGAGAUAUUGAUGAAACGGAAGUGAAUACUGAUAAUGAACAAUUGGUAUCACAACCGACCAAUCACGAAAUAUUAUUAUCGCCGAUCAUCAACGAUGACGAUUCUCUCGGAGCCACUCCUGCAAUGUCUCUGACACCUAUUCUCACAUCUGAUACUAACUUAACUUUAAUACAAACACAUCGUCUUGAAAGUGACCAUAUGAUUGAAGAAAGAGAAUCAAUAGAAGAAGAAGAUCAUUCACAACUAAUUUCUGACUGUGUCCAAGAAACUGAACAUAUGCCUGCUCACGGAGUCCACUUAAUGAACAAUCAUUCUGAAGACUUGCCGAUUGUUGAUCAAGUAUCAACUACUUCAUGGAUUACUCUUGUUGAAAAUAAUGACGAUACAAUUACAUUUAGUGGACAAAGUUCGCCUUCUUCACAUUUUUCUACUGACGAUGAAGAAUUACCAUCUACGAACUUAAGUGAAUAUGAUAAUAAUCCGUCACCACCAAGAGAGAAUCGAGAAAAUAGUUUAGAUGGACCUGAAGAAGUCAGAGAUAGUAAUCGUACUCUUGAUGCUCCAUCUGAUACUCAACCUAAUGUGAAUAUAGUUAGUGUUUCUCCUGAAAAUCAUGUUCGUCAUACAACAAAACGUCCACGUUCUAAUAGCGAUCCUGUUUCUCUUUCGGUAAGACACAAAUUAUUAAAAGACGAUAUACUGAAGAGUAAAAUUAUUCUUUAG